CAAAAAGCAUUGUAAUUGGUAUUGUAUCAUUCAGACCAUGAAAAUGUUAUUUUACAUAAAAUUUCACAUGUCACAUGAAAGGUCACUGACCUCAAAACUAAAACAUAUGUACACACACAAUAUCUAUAUGUGUAUAAUAUAUAUAAGUUUCUCAAUGUGUCUCUCCAAACAUUACUAAUUAUAUCUCUCUUUCUUCUUCAUCUCUCACGAUUAAUUAUUAACCGUAUGGAUCCACGCGUCCCCGCAACCUCCGUGUUCCGGUGGUCUCGGAGUCGCCGGAAGAUUCAUAUCCGCCGUCGUAAGACACAGGUGGUGCGUCUUGGUGGGAAGAACAAUGUGGUGUCACGUGGUGGAUUCUCGUUGAAGAAGAUGGUGAGGAGGAUGAAGCUGAAAUGGUUGAGACUACACUACGUGAGACUUGUGAAGAAGAUGAAAGGGUUUUAUUGUAAUCUGGUGAAAGAGUUCGUAGACGCAGGAGUUGAGCUCGAAGCGAUUCAGACGCAAAUGGCGGUUGAAGCUGCUGCGUUCGCGGUUCCGGGUUUAGGUCUCUCUUUCUCCUCUCUGUCAGCUCAUGACCGAGCACGGUCUAUAACUCGUCCACGGCUCUUGUUCACCUUCAAAGUAGAGGACAAGUUACUCAUCUUCUCUUCAACUCAACCUCAAAACGUAGGCGGUGACAACUGUUCUCUUGUGGCUACACGGUAUAAAGAUUUUCCCAAACAUUUUCCAACCGAAAACCGUGACGACUUGUCCAAUGGAUUGGCAUGUCUGCAUGGACCGGGAAGAGGAAGAAGGGUUCCGAUAGUUGUAACCCCGUCACGGGAGAGUUCAUAGACUUGGCCAAAGUGAAAGCUGCGGGUACUGAAAGGAGCUACAUUGGUUACGAUCCGAUAAAAAAAAGUGUAAACUGUUGUUUCUAACCAGUUAUGGAAGACACAGCCAUGUUGUGACAUUUGGGGCUAAAAAAACAGAGAUCCACGAUUGAAUGCAAACGCCAUACUGGUCAAUAUGGUGAAAUAUGCAUCAAUGCUGUUUUGUAAUAUGGAACUUAUUUCAGAAAAUCAAAAUUUGACCGAAAAGAAUAUAUAGCUUGCUAUGAUUUUAGGUUUGAAAAGUUCAGUUUUAUUGAGAGAGAUUCGGAAAUGUAUAGUCUCUUUAUUCAACUACAAAGGUAAAUUAGGUGCAUAUAAGUUUGAC